UUAUUUCUGCUUUUAUUCUGAAAACACACUGAGAAGGUCUACAUUUCCCACUUUUGUGAGCUUGACAGGUGGGACUAAUAUUAAACUGGAGUGAGAGAGAGUGAAAGAGAGAGCGAGGGGGUGGGGGGCUCCACAUGCAUCCCCAAGCUGCUUCCAGCGUGGGCUCCACCUUCCACAGGGUCCUUGCUGGGUGGGCUGCAAAAUGCAGCGGCUGCGCUCCAGAGGGGUUUUCGUCACCCUGUGCUUUGCUCCUGCUGUGCUAACAAGUUUGCACCCGGAAUGCGAGUUCAUCUUCCAGCUGGAGAAGGACGAGCGCCGCUGCCUGCGCGCCAUCGCCGAGCAGGGAAACACAAGUACACAAGGUUGUCGAGCUUUCUGGGACGCUGUGGUGUGUUGGCCUCACGCUGCAGUUGGGGAAACGGUGCACAAUGCUUGUCCUGCUGUGUUUUCCCUCUUCAGAAACAACACGGGACUAGUCAACCGAAAUUGCACCGACGGAGGUUGGUCCGGGCCCUUCCCGCCGUAUCACAUCGCUUGCAGCGUGGACGAUGACAUACCAGAGACAGAGCAGACCUACUUUGCCACGGUGAAAGUGAUCUACACCGUCGGGUACGGCAUCUCUCUCCUGGUGCUGACCGCCGCUGUGGUCAUUCUGCUGCUCUUUAGGAGGCUCCGUUGCGCCAGGAACUUCAUCCACAUCCAACUCUUCCUCACGUUCAUCCUGAAAGCGGCGGCGGUGUUCAUCAAGGACGCCGCUCUGUUCUCCAGCGACGACACCAACCACUGCACCCUCUCCACAUUUGCCUGUAAGGCCGCCGUGGUCUUUUGUCACUAUUGCGUCAUGGCCAAUUUUUUCUGGCUCCUGGUGGAGGCGCUCUACCUCAAUUCCCUGCUGCUCGCCUCCUUUUACCGCAGCCGCCGGUGCUUGUGGGGAUUCAGCCUGCUCGGAUGGGGUGUUCCUGUGUUCUUCAUUGCGCUGUGGAUUGGGUCCAGGGUGUAUUUUGAAAACACAGAAUGCUGGGACAUCAAUGAGGACUCGCUCUAUUGGUGGAUCAUCAAGGGCCCGAUUGUGGUGUCCAUUGUGGUCAACUUCAUUCUCUUCGUCAACAUCGUCCGCAUUCUGAUCCAGAAGCUCAGCCCUCGCCUGAUCCAGUUCAACAACUCCUCACAGUACAGACGCCUGACCAAGUCCACCCUGCUGCUUAUUCCUUUGUUUGGCACCCACUACAUGUUCUUCAAUUUCCUGCCCGAGUACUUUAACGUAAACCUGCGCCUCUGUGUCGAGCUCUGCGUCGGAUCCUUCCAGGGUCUCCUUGUCGCAAUCCUCUACUGCUUCCUCAAUCAAGAGGUGCAAAAAGAAGUUUACAUGCAGUGGCUGAGGUGGCAGGAGAGGAGCUGUGGUGUGGUUUCCCCCGCAGCCAAGGGCAGCAUGAUGGAUACACCAUUCUAGACGUGGCACUGCACGACACAAAAAAAAACACACAUAUGCAUACACUCGUAAUUAAGUGUAUAUAUGUAUAAUUAGCUCAGCCUCAAGGCUGACGCGGAGGCCUCAUUAGUCAAACUGACCAUUGGUCAUUUAGUUGAAUAGCAAGCUCAAUUUAAAGAUUAAAGCCAUCAAUUAAUAAUCAAAUGUUUUUUUUUAUUUUAAGCUUUUUUUAUUUAUUCUUUUUUUUGUAUUGUUUGUCUGUUCCUAUUCCUCAUUGGACCACUGAUAGACUGAGUUUCAGUAUUUUGUAUUUAUUUUUUCAUAAACUUUCAAAUUACUCAAUCAAUAUCAAUUUUACUUAUUUAUAUCUUCAGUGUUUUUUAAGUGUUAUGAGAAUUCAUGAGCAUUUCAGAAAGGGUUGUUUGUAUAUUUUUGCACUGUAAUUCUGCAGCUGUUUUUACUGUGUUGUUCAGCUGUACUAGUGUACUGCAUGGCAAUAUCAUGUAAAUGAUAAAAUUGCUUUUCAGUUCAAUCCAAAAAUAUAUUUAGUUCCAUAACUUGUGAAUAUUCAGUCAUUUGUGUUAAAUCAAAAAGGUUACAUGUAUUCAUAAGGCCUUUGCCUUUUUAUGAAUGUAUAAACUUGUAUUUUCUGUGUAAUUAUGUAUAUGUGUUGUGACUUCUGUGCUCACAAUGGCCUUUUUGAAUUCCUUGUUUAAAAAAAAAAAAUCCAAAUAAUUCAUUGUGACUUUCAUAACAUCAAAUGUGGCACCUCCAAAAUGUUGUUUCAAAUAAAUUAG